UACCUGUUUAUCUUCCGGGUAAGUCACGUGAGCGGGCUGAGCCGUGUGGUGACGAGCUAGCAACGCGUUACGCGGACGCUGGUCAAAAUGUCUGGCUAACUUUGUGUUUUCUAAAUAAGGAACAAACACAAAGCCCGUCGCAGGGGAGCUGUGGCUGCUUGUCCAGCGGGUCGCAGUGAAGCUUCCGCUCCACACCUUCUGCUUACCAAGCUAACGCUAACGCUAAUGCUAACACUAGCUGCCCGCUGAGCGACAGUUAGCCGUUUCUGCGCGUCGCUGUUCGACGUGCUGCGGAUGCUCCACGAGCCAUGGAGGGUCCGUCCGCCGCCCGGGGCUGGCUGAGAGACUCCGGCGGGGAUGCAGAGUCAGACCGGGACAUAAAAACACACUUUCGCGUGUGUCGCUUCAUCAUGGAGACCGGGGUGAAGCUGGGGAUGCGCUCGGUGCCCGUGGCCACGGCCUGCGUCUUGUACCACCGCUUCUUUCAGCGCGUCAGCGUGCACGCCUACGAGCCCUACCUGGUGGCCAUGAGCUGCGUGUACCUGGCUGGCAAGGUGGAGGAACAGCACACCAGGACCCGUGACAUCAUCAACGUGAGCCACAGAUAUUUCAACAGUGGCAGUGCUCCUCUAGAGUGUGACAAGGAGUUCUGGGACUUGAGGGACAGCGUGGUGCAGUGUGAGCUCCUCAUCCUCCGCCAGCUCAACUUCCAAGUCUCCUUUGAACACCCUCACAAGUAUUUACUCCACUACUUGUUGUCCGUGAAGUCACUCGUGAACCGCCACGGUUGGUCUCGUACCCCGGUAGCCGAGACGUCCUGGGCGCUGCUCAGAGACUGUUACCACGGCGCCAUGUGCAUCCGCCACAUACCGCAGCACAUCGCUAUAGCAACGCUGCACCUGGCUCUAAACAGCUACGGAGUGGAGCUGCCUGUCGGAGAGAAGGAGUGGUGGAAGGUGCUGUGUGUGGGCGUGACCAAAGCCCACAUCGACGCCGUGGUGUCCGACCUCCUUCAACUCUACGACAUGGAGGCCAAGUGUCUCUGACGCGGCCUCUGCGUGUAGUUCAGGUGCCUGUGCGUUGUGUGGGAGACGGGACCGCUCUGGAUGCUGCAGUUAGUGUGUGACGCCCAGCGGCCUCCUGCCUCCUGCUCUGGGAUCAACCCGCCCUGCAGCGCACAGAUGUGCUCUGGAGUUUAUCAGCAGCAGAUAUCAAGUCUGUGAAAAGUUAAGGGAGCGAUGACCUCGUGACCCCGCGGGCCGGCAGGUGGUCACCAUCAGAUGAGCAGAGCGCCACGGUCAGCGUCAAACCUCUGAGCCCCGUUACGGAGCCUGAAUGUCUGUGUUCUACAGCUAGCGUUGGAUGUGAUGAACCGUUGUUUAAAUGAUUCCUCCUCGUAUCAAACACGUGUGCAUUUCAGUGAUGUGCGUAAAGCAGAGCUGUGUUAAUGAAACGCACAUCGCUGCUUUACCUGUUCAACGUGACGUGAGACGAGCAGUGAAACGAUGAGCAGCAGAUACUCAUCACAGCAGGGUGCACGAUGAUGUAAUGCUUUAACCCGCCCAUCGUGUCGUCAUGGUGAUUGUAGUGGAAUAUCCACUGUAUGAUGAGCUCUUGUCUCCCAGAGACGUGUUCUGAAACAAGUGGAAAUGUUGAGUUGAGUUUGAAGCAGGAGAAAAUAGAUGUGUAUUUUACUAAAGACUUCAUUUGGCCGCCGUAUCGUCAAAGUCUACCGCUGGAAACGUAGAAUGUAAGAUAUGUAUUUCCUUCUUGUCAAUAAAUGCCAUGAAACAGCUGAGAGCAACACCGCA